CUGCACGCUGUUUCAAAAAUGACACAGAAGGGGUCAAGACCAGCGUCCCCCAGAUUAUGCGACCAACUUUUCCUUUAACAAGGCACGGCGCUCUUUCUUCGCUGCUGCUCAUUUCCAGUCCUCACCCCCCCCCCCAACUUCUCUUACAUACCCGUAAUUGCAAUAAUACAAUACCCAGUGGGUUUGUCUGCGACUUUUCUCACUCUUCCUUCUUCCUUCUUCCUUCUUCUUGCUCUUCUUCCUUCCGAUUUUCAACGACGUUCGGUAUAUAUCUUCUUCACACCACACUCUUUCACUCGCACGCGCGCACAAGUUGCAGCAGCUCCCUCCCAUUGAAGAUUGGAAUUACACCAGAGAUACCCGAUACUUGACACUAUCACCACACACACACACACAUAUACCUUCAAAAUGGCGUUCGGAUUACUCCUCCCACUGCGCAUCGCCCAAGGCAUCUUCGCCAUCGUCGUCAUGGGUCUCUCAGCCUACGG